GAAGGAAGUCAUAGGAUCUAGCUAGGCAUUGUCACCUGUAACAUCACCCAGGAAGGGGCUGAUCGUUGAACACAGCUGUUCGCAGCGAUGGGAGCUGUGUUAUGUCGCGAACACCGGUUGCUCGAGCGUAUUUGUUCACCCCACUUCUACUGGCUGCUCUCUAGCUGCCUCAAGAUAAUCACAGGCGUGGAUGAAAAGCAUGGGAGAGACGAAAGAUGCUCACACAGACCUGGCCUUUGGUUUGCUGCCGGCUCGGCCAAUGGCCACCCACCCGGUUCAGCCAUCUGAAGCAGCAGCGGCGAACUGACCCAACAACGGCGAGCUCGUCAACUGCUCUGUCCUAAGUACUCCAUCUACAAGUGCAGACUCAGCAAUCAAAGCUCAUGACCUCAUACAGCUGCUUCUUCUAUGGGACACUCAUGCACCCAGCUGUCCUCAAUCGUGUCAUCUCCUCCACUGAAACUCCCGCCUAUCUCCCUGUGAUAUUGCCCGGCUAUGCACGGUUUCGUGUCAAGGGCCAAGACUACCCCGGUGUCAUUGCUGCGCAAGAUGCCCCAGAAGGAUCUGUUGCAGAGGCAAACGUGUCUGUUGCCGGCAUGCUUGUCUCGCAUCUGAGCAGCUAUGCUAUUAAACGUCUUGAUGCAUUUGAAGGAGAUGAAUAUACAAGAACAUCAGUCACUGUACUCGAUGGAACUGGCAAGCGGCACAAUUGUCAAAUGUACUUGUACAAGGACUCUAGCAAACUAGAAGCAACAGUCUGGGACUUUGAAGACUUUAAGCGGGAAAAAUUGGCACAUUGGACAGGUGAUGCAGAGUUCAGCAUGUUGCAAGGACAAACUGAUGGAACAAACGGUCGUUCGAGUUUCGCUUGACGAUGCAUGUUCAGGCUGCACGACGGUCCAGAGCACGCAGCAAGUCGUGACGUCGAUGGUCUUGUGCAGACAUACCGCCAAAUACUGGCGUUGCUACUCCACUGUGCAUGGGCGAUGGACCCGUGUACCGUUGAUCGAGAUGAUGCAUGGAAGGCUGCCUUUGCAUGGGUAGUGCAGUGUUCAUCAGACUUCCGCUGCUGCCUGGUUGAGAGUUGUAACCACAAGAACCUUGACUGCCUGCAGGUCAGCGUUCUCUCCUUCUUGUUGGGCCAUCUUACCUUGGUAAGGACCUGGACUAGGUGUUGCGCUAAAGUUGCUCGAA